AAGCUUUGUGCUAAGCUGAAGUUGCGAUCGAUCGAUCGAUCGAUCGUUGGCUCGCUCGCCCGUCCGCGAAUCAUGAGGAGCUCGGUAUCGUUGGGCUUGUUGCUUCUCUGCUUGAUUCGGCCAGCGGUCGUUCGUUGCGGGACGCGACCGAGUUUCGUCUCCGACGAGAUGAUCGCGACCGCAGCCAGCGUGGUGAACGCUUGCCAGACGCAGACAGGAGUGGCGACAGUGGAUAUAGAGGCGGUGAGGAACGGCACAUGGCCCCAAACGCAGGAGUUGAAGUGUUACAUGUAUUGUUUAUGGGAACAAUUCGGUCUAGUGGACGACAAGAGGGAACUCAGCUUAAGCGGCAUGCUUACCUUCUUUCAAAGAAUACCAGCGUACAGGGCGGAGGUUCUGAAAGCGAUCAGCGAGUGCAAGGGGAUCGCUAAAGGCGACAACUGCGAGUACGCGUAUACGUUCAAUAAGUGUUACGCGUUUUCGUCUCCGCGGACUUACUAUCUCUUUUAAUCCAAUUCCACGUGAAUCGAAGGAGAAGAGGGGAACAAUCCUCGAAGAAGAACUAUACCCCCU